UACGAGUGUUCCUCUUUCGACUGGUAGCGAAGAUGCUUUCUAUUCAAAAUCCUUUCUAGAAAGGGAAUUUAUGGUUUGGGAAAAGGAAGAAGACUGUUCUCCAUAGACUGACAAACAUCAUGGUGUUAUCAGAUUUUUUGACAGUUCUGCUCAUCCUGGCUGUGAGCCCCUCAGCCUCUCCAGGGUUCAGUUCAAUAGCAGAAACUGAAGAUGCCCUCCUGAGGAACUUAUUCCAAGGGUACCAGAAAUGGGUUCGCCCUGUACUGAAUGCCAAUGAUACCAUUAAGGUGUAUUUUGGAUUAAAGAUAUCUCAGCUGGUGGAUGUGGAUGAAAAGAAUCAGCUGAUGACAACAAAUGUAUGGCUUAAACAGGAAUGGAUAGACCACAAAUUACGCUGGAACCCUGAUGAAUAUGGUGGAAUCAGCUCCAUUAAAGUUCCAUCUGAAUCUCUUUGGCUUCCUGAUAUAGUUCUUUUUGAAAAUGCUGAUGGACGCUUUGAAGGCUCUCUAAUGACUAAGGUCAUCGUAAGACACAAUGGAACCAUUGUUUGGACUCCUCCAUCCAGUUACAAAAGUUCAUGCACAAUGGACGUGACAUUUUUCCCAUUUGACAGACAGAACUGUUCGAUGAAGUUUGGUUCCUGGACUUAUGACGGCACCAUGGUCGACCUUGUUUUAAUUGAUGAGAACGUUGACAGGAAUGACUUCUUUGAUAAUGGAGAAUGGGAAAUACUCUAUGCCAAAGGCAUGAAAGGAAACAGAAGGGAGGGCUUGUAUUCUUACCCGUACAUUACGUAUUCUUUCGUCCUGAGGCGCCUGCCUCUCUUCUAUACCCUUUUCCUCAUCAUCCCCUGUCUUGGAUUGUCCUUCCUGACAGUCCUUGUCUUUUACUUGCCUUCUGAUGAAGGAGAAAAACUCUCACUCUCCACAUCGGUUCUAGUUUCCCUGACCGUUUUUCUCCUAGUGAUUGAAGAAAUCAUCCCAUCAUCUUCAAAGGUCAUCCCUCUGAUUGGGGAAUAUCUGCUAUUCAUCAUGAUUUUUGUCACCCUGUCCAUCAUCGUCACAGUCUUUGUUAUCAAUGUUCACCACCGCUCUUCUUCCACUUACCACCCCAUGGCCCCUUGGGUAAAAAGAUUGUUUCUCCAAAAGCUCCCCAAACUUCUCUGCAUGAGAGGCCCCAUCGAUCGCUACCCCUUCCCAGAUGUGGUGGAAAGCCAGCCAGAAGCAAAGGCCAAAAUGCCAGCAAAGCAGAAGCAGAAGCAAAUGAAAGACGGGGAAAAGUUACUGGUUGCCUUUUUGGAAAAGGCUGCUGAGUCUAUUAGGUACAUCUCCAGGCAUGUGAAAAAAGAGCAUUUCAUCAACGAGGUCGUCCAGGACUGGAAGUUUGUGGCUCAAGUUCUCGACCGUAUCUUCCUUUGGCUAUUUCUGAUAGUAUCGAUAACAGGUUCUGUCCUGAUAUUCACUCCUGCUUUGCAGAUGUGGCUAAAUAGUUACCACUAGAAAUCAUUUUCUGUGAUGAUUUCAAUAAUGCCAUGAGGAGAAGGCUAUCUCUUAUAAUCAAUAUUUAAUUAGCAUAUAUU